UUUUAAAGCACUUUUGUAAGAGUUUUUUUUUCUUUUAAAGAAAAACAGACACCAUUCUGCAGAUAACGUCGUCGAUUCAUAUUGCGAGAGGAUGAGGCAGUGUAAAGGUUGGAGCGUGGUGGUGCUGCUAGUACUGUUGGGGCUUGGAUCUGUUGCCCAGAAACUGCCUACGAGAGAUGAAGGUCUUUUUCAGAUGCAGAUCAGAGACAAGUCGCUAUUCCACGACUCCUCAGUCAUACCGGACGGAGCUGAGAUCAGUGGCUAUCUUUUCAGAGACACACCCAAAAGGUACUACUUUGUGGUGGAAGAAGACAACACACCCCUGUCUGUGACCGUGACACCUUGUGAUGCUCCUCUGGAGUGGAAACUCACUCUGCAGGAGCUGCCAGAAGACGCCAGCGGAGGAGGAUCAGGAGAGCCUGAACCUCUGGACCAACAGAAACAGCAGGUGACAGUAGAUGAAGGGACGGAGCUCUUCACCUACAAGGGCAAUGAUGUGGAGUCCUAUGUGGCCACAAGCACGCCUUCUGGUCUCUACCAGCUUGAACUGCUGUCCACUGAGAAAGACAGCAACUUCAAGGUGUACGCAACCACGACUCCGGAGUCUGACCAGCCCUACCCAGAGCUGCCCUACGACCCCCGCGUGGAUGUCACUGCACUUGGCCGUACCACCGUCACACUGGCCUGGAAACCGACACCUACCGGCUUGCUGAUGGGCCAGCCUGUGCAGUACUGCGUAGUGAUCAACAAGGAGCACAAUUUCAAAAGCAUGUGUGCUGCCGAGGCUAAAAUCAGCACUGACGAUGCAUUCAUGCUGGCUCCGAAGCCCGGCAGAGACUUUAGCCCGUUCGACUUUGUGCACUUUGGCUUUGACAAUGGUUUCGGCAAAGACCGGGGCCUCACAAGUAACAAGAUCUCACGGGCAUACGCAGCCAAGCCCAGGGUAUCAGACAUCCAGAAGGUGUGCAUUGGCAAUAAAAACAUAUUCACGGUGGCAGACCUGAAACCAGACACACAGUACUACUUUGAUGUAUUUGCAGUAAAUGCUGCUACCAACACCAGCACAGCAUAUGUGGGAACCUUUGCUCGCACUAAAGAGGAGGCUCGUCAGAAGACAGUUGAGCUGAAGGACGGCAAAGUAUCAGAGGUUUUCAUAAAAAGGAAGGGCAGCAAGUUCCUGCGCUUCGCUCCCGUGUCUUCCCACCAGAGGGUCACUCUUUUUGUACACACAUGUCUGGAUGCUGUGCAGGUGCAGGUGAGGCGAGAUGGCAAGCUGCUGCUCUCCCAGAAUGUGGAGGGGAUACGGCAGUUCCAGCUACGGGGAAAGCCAAAAGCCAAAUACCUGAUCCGUUUCCGUGGCAGCAGAAAAGGAGCCUCCACUUUGAAGGUGCUUGCCAGCACCCGACCCAGCAGCAAGCAGCCUUUCCCUUCACUUCCGGAGGAUACACGCAUCAAGGCCUUUGACAAGCUGCGCACCUGCUCCUCCGUCACUGUGGCCUGGCUGGGCACGCAGGACCGCAACAAAUACUGCAUUUACCGCAAGGAAGUGGCUGACAAUUACGGCGAGGAGCAGCGGCGCCGGGAACAAAAUCAAUGUGCUGGACCAGAGACCCGCAGGAAGUCAGAAAAGGUCCUGUGCAAGUACUUCCACAGCCCGAACCUGCAGAAAGCUGUGACCACAGAAACCAUCACAGGUCUGGAGCCAGGAAAGACCUACCUGCUGGACGUUUACGUGGUGGGACACAGUGGCCACUCAGUAAAAUACCAGAACAAACUGGUGAAAACAAGGAAAUACUGCUAAAAGACUCUGCAAAGAAUAAAUCUAUUAUAAAUAUAUAUAUUAAAUAAGUUUAUUUAACUCUAAGUGAUAUUCUACUAAGGAGUGUAUACAGACUGACUACUCACACAGCUGAUGGGCCCGUGGCAGGGACUGAACUGUUUGUAGAGAGAGAUUUCAACCUGUAUAUUUAUGUUUACAUUUCAUUGUGGCACGUCUGGGUGGCCCAUAGCGUGAGGUGCUUUGUUACCAGGCUUGUCAUCUUGACAUCAUGCUGCCACUGGGAGGGCAGAACUUCAAAGAAGAUCCCCUUUUUUCAUCUUCUCUGUUCCUUUGUUGCUGCAUGACUUUCGCUUUUGUCUGUCAUGUUUGUUGCAUCCUUCGGUUUCAGUGUGUCAAGGAGAUACAGUAGCUGCCCGCUUUGUAUAGAUCUGUCACCGCAUAUUCAUGACGCAUUUUAGGAGGAAUUUAAAUUAUUUUAUACUUUUCAUCUCUCUUUUUAAUUGUCUGUUUUAUUGAUGACAAUAGUAACUGUUACAAGAAAAUUCCAGUUUUAUGAGGAAGUUGUCGUAGCUCAGACAUUCCCGUGUGUAUCUCAGCCAGUGUUUGCUCUAGAGCCCAUCUUGUAAAUGUGUUCUGUGCUGGAGAUCUGUGUUAUUAUCACUGUAUCGCUGUGUAUGUGUGUGCGUGUGUAUGUGUGUGUGUGUGUGUGUGUGUGUCACAUGUACAGAGCUGUCCUGCCAAUAUUCAUGUACAUAAAGACUAAAUAUAGAACAUGUAA